AUGGCUACGCCAAUCAAGCUUCCUGAUGGAAGCCUUACGGAGAGAAUAUAUUGGCUAUUAAGGGAGCAACAGUACCAUAAGGUAGUAGAAGCUUUGGAGGAUCUGAUGCAGCGCCAGUCAUACCUUGAGAAUCCGCGAACAUUUCAUGCGUUACUAUCACUGCUCGGUUAUUGCUUGUACACGAUGGGGGCUUUUGAAGGUGCGAGGCAGGUGUACAGCCAGUUACAUCAAGCAUUCCCAACUGUUGUUGAAUAUGAACUCUAUAUGGCGUAUUGCGUCCUCUACUCCACAGCAUGCGAGCCUACAGCAGCCCUCACAACUACGAGGCAGGACCAAGACAUAUCGGCUGCUGAUCCCCUCAUAUCCCUCUGUAUACGAUCAGGUGCAGUCCCGCAAUAUGAUUCUCGCCUACUGCGUGCUACAAGUGAUGAAGCCCUAUUGGAUUCUGCUGCUUUGUUCCGUGUGGGAAAGUUUGACGGCGGCCUCAGAAUAGCGGCUGCAGCAGCUCACGCUAAAAUGUGGACGCCUGCACUCGCGUACAACGAGGCUCUAUGCGCCUACAAGGCUGGUAAAACUGAGGUGGCUGCGAGGAUUGCUGAGAGGAUACUCUCACUAGGAGCCUUGAACUACAAUGGCACAGAUACUGAAGCGGCGCGGAUGGACAUGCUCACUUUCAACAUUUUGAUGGAUUUGCAGGUGAAUGCAGCAAAUCUCCGUUGCGCGUUGGAUAUCAGUGAUAACCGACUGCACGCUGCAAAGGGACAUCUAGAUAUGCUGUGUUCAAGGAAAGAUGAGGGGCUGGACUGCGUUACUCUACAUAAUCAAGCGUUAACCACGUCUAGCUCCGAUCCAGCAGACUCUAUAAGCAGGCUUGAGUGCCUGCUUGCUGAGAGUCGCUGUCCUCCCACAACUGCAUCCAAUCUCCUUAUCCUUUACUGCAACCUGCUGAGAUGUUAUGAAGAACUUUGUAAGGAUGAUAUAAACUGGAAAAUAAACAUGGGACACCUCCGCUUUAUGCAGGAAUUGGACGAUAAACGCAGUGUUCAAGGCUGGGAAGCUGGUGUCCUGGCAAACAUGCUGGCUGCAAACAUCAUCCUUGGGCAUCUUGAUCAAGCUCAGGAGCUUCUAAAGAACUCUAUUCCCUAUUCUUCCGCCGUAAAGCUGGUGAUUGGCACCGUCUACUGCUCCGAAAAGGCGUAUGACUAUGGUAUCAAGACUAUGAUAGAAGGUUUGCUGCCUAUGGAAAAGAUUCUGAAUGCAGACAGCUGGUGUGUUGCAGUGAUACAAAUUGAAGCCACAGCAUGUAGCUGUUCGUGCAGUCAGGUAAUGCAUACCGAUGUCAGUAUUGCUAUACAGCGGGAAUUGAUGGCUUCUAUGAAACCAACCAUCCUGCGUUCAAGUCGUGUAUUCCUGCGCCUUCUGGGGCAGGCAAACUGCCAAGGUUUCAGACUCGCCCCCCUUGUGAACUUUUGUGAAUGCUCGGAAUGUUUUGUGCAGGGCAUGAAUGUUCUCGUGGACGAGGCAAGGGCGUUUCUUCGAGUGCUUUUGGGGCUUGCCGAGGAAGGGACCCCAUCGACGAAGUAA